GGCGGGGCCGGGGAGCUCAGUGCCCAAGUCGCCCCGGGGUGGCAGUUCCCGUUAACCUUAGCCACAAAGUCAAAGACGGCCAGGCAGGGAGCCGCCGUGCUGAUGCCGAGGGGCCUCCGGGGAUGGAGAGUGGCCUGGCUGGCGACAGCAGCACAGGAGAUGUGCUCGUCAUGAAGAUCAAGCAAGAGAAGCCAGAGUGGCUGCUGCAGACGCUGGGGCCACAGGCCGCGCUUUCCCAGAAGGAUAAGGAGAACAUUUUCCAGCAGCGUCGGAGCCUCCCGCCAUGCCAGACCGUGGGGAAGCCUCGAGCCUGGGGGGGACAGGAGGAGACUGGGGGUCCAAGGUGGGCCCCUCCCCUUGAGCAGGACGGCGGGCCGGCAGGCCGGGCUCCGGGGGUGACCCCCAGCCCCCUGCGCCCCGCUCUUUCUGCCGGCGAGGGUCACUUCGUGUGCCCGGACUGCGGGAAGAGGUUCAGCUGGUGGUCGACCUUGAAGAUCCACCAGCGCACCCACACCGGCGAGAAGCCGUACCCGUGCGGCAAGUGCGGCAAGAGCUUCAGCCAGAAGCCCAACCUGGCGCGCCACCAGCGGCACCACACGGGCGAGCGGCCCUUCUGCUGCCCCGAGUGCGCUCGGCGCUUUAGCCAGAAGCAGCACCUGCUCAAGCACCAGAAGACCCACUCCCGGCCCGCCACCCACCCGUGCCCCGAGUGCGAGCGCUGCUUCCGCCACCAGGUGGGCCUCCGCAUCCACCAGCGCGCGCACGCCCGGGACCGCCAGGGCACCCGCGCUGGGCUGCAGACGCUGCUCCGGGACGCCACGGCCCACCGGGGCUGUCGCCCGCGGCCGGGGCCCCGGCGGGGGCGCCCCGAGUGGGCCUGGCUGGGGCUCUGCCAGAGCUGGUGGCGCCAGCCCGGGGCCCGGACCGCCGCCCCCCACGAGCCGCGCCAGUUCAUCUGCAACGAGUGCGGCAAGAGCUUCUCGUGGUGGUCGUCGCUGAACAUCCACCAGCGCAUCCACACGGGCGAGCGGCCCUACCCGUGCCCCGAGUGCGGGCGCCGCUUCAGCCAGAAGCCCAACCUGACGCGCCACCUGCGCAACCACACGGGCGAGCGGCCGCACCCCUGCGCGCACUGCGGCCGCAGCUUCCGCCAGAAGCAGCACCUGCUCAAGCACCAGCGCACGCACCUGCCCGGCGCCCCGGCCGCGCCCCGCCCCAGCCGCGCCGCGCUGCGGGCCCACCAGCAGGCCCACGCCGCCGCCGCCGAGCCGCCCGCCCAGGGCGCCCCCGGCCUGUUGCCGCCGCCGUCGCACGGCCCCUCGCCGGCCCGGGGGCCCGGGGACGUGCCGUGGGGCCGGGCGCGGGCGGGUGGGCCGGGCGAGCCGCGCCAGUUCAUUUGCAACGAGUGCGGCAAGAGCUUCUCGUGGUGGUCGGCGCUCACCAUCCACCAGCGCAUCCACACGGGCGAGCGGCCCUACCCGUGCCCCGAGUGCGGGCGCCGCUUCAGCCAGAAGCCCAACCUGACGCGCCACCGGCGCAACCACACGGGCGAGCGGCCCUACCUGUGUGCCUCCUGCGGCCGCGGCUUCAGCCAGAAGCAGCACCUGCUCAAGCACCAGCGCGUUCACCGGGGCGCCCUGGCACCCACCCCCAGCGCCAAGGGCGCGGCGCUCUAGGGGGCCUGGACCCAAGCAGACCCAUGGGCGGGAUGGGAUGCUUGCGUGGUGCGUGUGGGGAAUGACCAGGAAUGGUGGCUUUUAGAACCCCAGGGGGUAAGACCCUAUCAAAAGGUGCUUUCUUCAAGGCUCUCAGACCUGAGAACAGAAUUCCACAAGCAUUCCAAAACGGGGGCCGGGAAAAGUCCCGGGAAGGGCUGAGGGAGGAGGUAAGAUCAGACAUCCUCACCCUGGAGCCUGGAUGUGUCUGUGAUGGUUGAGGUCCGUCUGUGUCCUUCCUUGGAGGUGGGACGGCAGCCCUCGGGCAUUGAGUGCGGGGGCUGUCGACGGCCCUGGGCGAGGCUCCCUGGGUGAGAUGGUGCAGGUCUGGACUGGUCAGCUGUGGCACCAGCCAGCUGCGCUCAGCUGCCAGAUAGCCCAGGGGCGUCCCUGUGGGGGAGUCUCAACAGACUGAGUGAUACCCAGAUGGGAGCUGGGGCUGGGGAGGGGCACGCCUAUGCCCGUGCGAGGCCAGUGCUGAGCACUUAAUGGCUACUCAAGACAUGUUUUUGGAAGGAGGGAAUGAUUUGAUGGUCCUCAACACCAAGUGCCCCGCUGCCCAGGGUGCUGUGGUGGCCGGCUUGACCCUAGGACGGUGUGUGUGUGUGUGUGUGUGUGUGUGUGUGUGUGUGUGUGUGUGUGUGUGUGUGUGUGUGAUGGUCAGGGGCUGGGACUGGGGGGCGGGGGUGGUCUCAGCUGGGGUUUGGUACCUUGGGGAGGGACCUGCAGCAGGAGAGCAGCGAAUGUGCUGCCCUGACUCGGCGGGCACUGCCCGGGAUCCCUAUCAACGCCGGUGUUGCAGAAGACAGAAAUGAAGGACUGAUUGUCUCAUGUGGUCUCCUUUCUAAGCCGCCCUUCCUGUUCUCUGGGUCCUUGUGUGCUUGGAGGGAUCCAUUUGCCCCAGGACGAGGGCAGGGAGCUUUGGCCAUGAGCACAGCCAGUCCCCAUGGCCAGUUCUUGCUGGGGGUGGAGGGCAGUAUUCUCUCCCCUGUUCCCUCUCCAAGACAAUUUGAUCACUUCCCACAUACCCCCCUUGACCUCUAGCCCCUCAAAAGUCACCCCUCAUACCCUUCCAAAAGCAGGGUCGGCUGGGGCCCUAGUGCUAGCAGAAGAGCCCAGGGCUCCAGCCUGGCUGUAGCCUUGGACCAUGUCUUCCCACAGGAGGGGAGGGGAUUGCAGAGGGCGUGGGUAUCGGGGUACCAGGGUUGGAUAGCUGGGAAGUGGGAGGAAAAAGGGGAACCCUAGGGUGAUUCUGUAGGAGGAGAAACUGUGCCUUCCUGCCUGCAGGGAGGACCAGCAGGGGCCCGCCUGGUUCUCCCUUGAACUCAGAGAAGUGUUAUCUUCUCCAGGAGCUGUGCGGUCACCCUGGCUUCCGUUCACCCCUCUUCUCAGGUUUUGUUUAAUCCCUUUCAUCUGGCAGGAGCUUGAAGUGUUGUAGCAUCACAAAAAGACAUAUGGAGGGGCUGCCC